AUGGCUGUUGCCCUUGUCCUUAGUUUACAGGGAAGAGGCUCGGAAGUUGUGUUCUUGCCCGGCGAUGAUGAUGCAGAGGUGGGUGUUGUUGACGAAGCAGGCGCCAACAGGAAAACUAUUGCUGAGCUCCUAGCAUUGGAUCCUCAUGACAGCAAUGUAUUGCCUCCUUCAUACCAAUUACCUAUAUGCACUACUCAGGGUGUUCGUUUCACCUGCAACGCAAUUAUAAGAGAGAUAGACGUUUCCAAUGGUUGGUGGUAUAAAGGUUGCAAUACAUGCAAGUGGGGGUUGAAGGCUACUUUUGAUGGCUUCGAAUGCACUAACUACGAUGAGCCUAAGCCAGUGGUUAUUCCCAGCUAUAAGCUAAGUGUGAUCAUCGAGGAUACCACUGGCCACAUGAAAAUAUUUCUCUUCGGAGGAGUAGCUGAACAGGUUGUUCGGCGGACUGCCACUGAGCUUGUUGAAGAAAGCUCAUCCAAUCAGAUUUUGUUGCCUGCACCCCUUCGCGGCCUUGUUGGUCAAAGGUAUGUCUUCCAGGUGGUUAUCAGUGAGCAAACCUUUAGGACUGGGCAGCUAUGCUUCCAAGCUAGGAGGGUGUUCCUCGAUCCAACGACUUCUGAGGCUCGUGGUCCUACCAGACGUUCGCUGCAAGAUGCUAAGAAUCCCAAAGCUAUGACCAAGAUUGGGACAUCAAGUGUUGCCUCAUGA